UUGGAACACAACUAGGUGUCUGCCCAACAAAUUCCAAUGGUUUGGUUGUAUGCGGGUCUAAUUCGAAGGAGUUAAUAAAUUUCAAAAUGGCAUCAGGGUUACCUAAAAGAAUAAUAAAGGAAACACAACGGUUGAUGGCAGAACCUGUUCCUGGCAUCUCUGCUAAACCUGAUGAAAGCAAUGCCCGCUAUUUCCACGUAGUAGUUGCUGGUCCAGAAAGUUCACCUUUUGAGGGAGGUGUGUUCAAACUUGAGCUCUUCCUGCCAGAGGAGUACCCGAUGAGUGCACCCAAAGUUCGCUUCAUGACCAAGAUAUACCAUCCAAAUAUUGACAAAUUAGGAAGAAUUUGUCUAGACAUUCUUAAAGAUAAAUGGAGUCCUGCUCUUCAAAUUCGUACUGUGCUGUUAUCAAUCCAAGCCUUGCUGUCCGCUCCCAACCCUGACGACCCCCUAGCAAAUGAUGUUGCUGAGUUAUGGAAGGUAAACGAACCUGAAGCCAUCAGGAUUGCCCGAGAGUGGACUCGGACUUACGCCAUGGGGAACUAGCCCCUGAAGUUCAUAGCAAGAAAUUCCUUAGUUUAGUAGACUGGUCUGACGAGAGUGCGAAGGCGGUGCACACUUUCACGCAUUACUGUGUUUAGUUUUAGAGCAUCAUAAACUGGCUGUACUGAAGCCAUUGAAGACACGCUAUAGUAAGUAGUGUGGAAGUAUCAGGCCACAUGCUAAACCCGCUUCUAGGUUUUUCUCAAGUUUUUUAUCCGAAACUACAAACAAUUGGUAAAUACCUAAUAAAAUCCAAAAAUGGAUGUUACUGUUAUUUUCUAGCAUCGAAUUUAUUGCUUGUGGCUCGUUCAUAAUUUAAAUCUAAAGAAGUUUGUAUAGUACAGAAGGUUCUUAUAAGAAAUUGCAUCUCACUUCAGUUCUGGGGCAAGUUUAUCAGUUAAUCUAGAAGCAGUGGGUAUGGUAUGAUAAAUGAUCAUCACUAAAAUUUUUGUAUCAGCUAACGUGAAAAUGAUCUAAUUUCCAUCGAAAAAUUAAAUCAUCCUUUCUUGAAUGACCACUAUCCAGCCGUUCUUCGUUGUACGCAAAUGGUUAUUCCGCAUAUCUUAAUCAUUUCCAUCCAGUCAUCCAGUUAGGGUGAAAUACGCUCGUGAAUUUCUAAAAUUUCCAAAAUAGAUUUCUCAUUUACAUUUCUGUAUUUCCAGGCGAUCUAAAAAUAUUUCUCUAGAUAUUUGAUAGAAGAGACUUCAGGCCAAAGACGUGAAUUUGUGAUUGUAGUGGACAGUUAACAAUAGGGUCAAGUCAGACACAUUUAUUUCUAACCUUUCCGAGUGGGACUAUAAUUCCAAUUCUUCGAGAACGUGUAUGAAAGAAUGUCCUUUUCUCUGGAUGAUAAUCGUGGUGGCCAGAGUAAACAAUGUAUCGCAUACACAUGUCCUCAUCCCUCGCCUUGACAACGCUUCAUUCGGCAUCACUGUGAGCGCUGUUGUCUGCUCUCGCGUAAUACUUUUUAGGCUUUGAUCAACAAUGAUUAUGUUUCCUG